AUGGCAGACGACACCCGACAGUCGCCCCAAAACCCACCCAUCCGGGAAGAUCUCAGCAGAGAAGCGCUCACCGUCGAUCCGAAUCGCAAAGCCUUCUCCGGCGAUCAAUGGAAAGAUGCCAAGAGCAAAUUCCGAACCGGCGCUGCUGCGAAUGUCCUCGCGGGCGGAACACAGAACACCGCAGGUGGCAAGAUACCUGAAGUCUCGAUCGCAGCGGCGUUUGAUGGCGGCUUGAAGCUGUCGGACUUCACUGAACUGCCUAAACGGCCUUGUGUGCGCGACUCCUUCCUGACGGGCUUGGGAAGCGGGUUUGCUUUGGGUGGUGUGAGAUUCAUCUUCAGAGCUGGCGUCUUCUCUGCAUGCAGCUGGUUCGUCGCCAGCGCUUGCGUCGUCUCAGGCGUGUCAUACCAGUACUGCCUGUACCAACGGCAGGCGGAAAAGGAGGGCAUGAUGCGCGCCGUCGAGCUGCUGAAUCGCAAAGAGACCGAGAAGAAGGCGAGGGCGGCGCACAAGGAGAAGCAGAAAGAAGAGCGGAGGAAGUUGAAGGAGCAGGAUCUCGAUCAGCAUUAUACGAAGCUGAGAGAGGGGAGUGCGGCGGGUGCAAGACCGUGGUGGAAGGUGUGGUGA